AAAUUUGCAGGUGUUCAAAAAAAAAAAAAAAAACGCUAACAUCCAACAGUGCAGCUCGAAGCAGCCAUGGAUGAAGAGGACGUGAAUGAAGCAGCCAUGGCGAUCGAUGACGAUCUCGAGAACGACAACGAGAUGGAGGAGGAGGAGGAGGAGGAGGAGGAGGAGGAAGAAGAAGGAGAAGAGGAGGAAGACGUUAACGAGGGCUACAAUCUGAACUUCUAUGGCGAGAUGGAUCCCCUCGAUUUCGCCCAAAAAGAUUCAUCCAACGGAGGCGAGAUCUACCAGCAGUUUGAGCGGCUCGAGUACGAAGCCCUAGCUGAGAGGAAGCGGAAAGCGCUUUCAGAUCCCCGUACUCGUGAUGAGCAAGCAAAGAAGCUUAGAGAGGAAGAGGAUGCUGCAAUGGUAGUGAUUAAUGAAUUUAUGAAUCUUGGUCGACGAAGGAGAUCAAAGAAGCAUAAGAAAAGGGGAAGGAAGAAAGGGUCAAAGAAUAAACUUAGUCCUGAGGUUGCUAGAAAACUUGGCGAUGCUACUCUUCAUUAUGCAUCUGAAAAUUAUGAUGAGGCAAUUCGUUUAUUGGAAGAGAUUGUUCGUCUUGCACCAUGUUCUCCUGAUGCAUACUAUAUGCUUGGCCUUAUAUAUGAUGCUAAGGGUGACAGGAAAAAGGCUUUGAACUUCCAUAUGAUAGCUGCUCACCUGCCACCGAAGGAUUCUUCUCUUUGGAAAAAACUUGUGGCUUGGUCCAUUGAAGAGAACAAUACUGGCCAGGUUAGGUAUUGUCUUUCAAAGGCAAUAACUGCUGAUCCAAAAGACCUUGGCCUUAGAUUUGAUCUAGCAGCUUUGUACUUUGAACUUGGGGAGUAUCAGAAAGCUGCAGGAUUAUACAGCCAAAUAGUAGGACUUAAUCCUGGCAACAUUUUAGCACGCAAGAUGGCUGCGAAGAUGUACCAAAAGUGUGGUAUGCUGGACAAGGCUGUCAGUAUUCUAGAGGAUUUUGUGAAUGAUCAUCGUUGUGAAGCUGAUCAGGCUAUUCUUGACCUGCUUAUUAAUCUGCAAAUGGAAAACAGUGAAUACAUUACGGCACUUCGUCACAUUGAUCAUGCGUGCCUAGCUUAUGGUUCUAGAAAAAAAGUGCCGUUAUUCUUGAAAGCAAAAACAGUGCUUUGCCAUGCUCAUCUUGGAAAUCUUGAACAUGCUGAGGCUCUCCUCAAGGACAUGCAAACAGAGCAAGCUAAAGAUAAGGAUGUCUUGAUCACUGAAGUUGGUGAUACAUUUGCAGAUCUUGGUCAUUACGAUUAUGCUUUGAAGUUUUAUUUUAUACUUGAAAAGACUAGAGCUUAUGAUGAUGUUUCUUUACAUCUAAAAAUUGCUAAAUGUUAUAUAUCCCUGAAGGAGAGAGGAAAAGCCAUUCCAUUCUUUUACAAAGCUCUAUCGGCAGAUGAAGAACAUAUUGAUGCUCGUGUAACUUUAUCUUCCAUUCUUCUUGAAGAAGAUAAAGAAGAUGAAGCAAUCACAUUACUUUCUACUCCCAAAUGCUCAGGAACAAUCUCCAGUCAUGGUUCUGCAAAUGCCCCACCCUGGUGGCUAAAUGGGCAAGUCAAAAUGCAACUUGCCAAAAUUUAUAGGUCAAAGGGGAUGCUUGAGGACUUUGUUAAUACAAUUCGUUCAAUCGUUCAUAAAACUAUGGUUAUUGAAGCUAUGAAUCGAAAGCUGAGAAAGAGGGCAAACACAACUUACAGUAGGAAAAGACUUACAAGAAGUGUUCUAUCUGAAAGAGCCAAGUUACUGGAGGACCGGGAGGCUGACAAUGUGUUCAAUAAGUUGAAGCCACUUGCCAAAGACUCAGAUCUGCUUAAGGCAUCUCGAGCAAAGAAACUACUUGCAAAGAAGGCGGCAUUGAGGGAAGAGAAAAAAGCAGCAGUUAUAGCUUCAGGGAUGGACUGGCUAAGUGAAGAUUCAGAAGACGAGUCUCCGCUGCAGCAUGCUAUAGAAGAACCUCCUCUGCCAGGAUUCUUACAAGAUGAAGAAAAUCAUCAAUUCAUACUAGAUCUCUGCAAAGCACUAGUGUCCCUUCGUCGCUAUUUGGAAUCACUAGAGAUUAUUAAUCUCACUCUGAAAUUAGCAGACAAUGCAUUAUCAGUCGAGAAAAAAGAAGAGCUUCGGUCAUUGGGUGCUCAAAUUGCAUACAACACUAGAGAUCCAAAACAUGGAUACAAUUAUGCUCGAUAUAUAGUACAGAGGCAUCCUUACAGCAUAGCUGCAUGGAACUGCUACUAUAAGGUUGUUUCAAGAUUAGAGUCUCGGUUAACAAAGCAUGGAAAAUUUAUGCAUCGCAUGCGUGUGAAGCUUGGAGAUUGUGCACCUCCUAUAAUUAUAAGUGGGAAUCAGUUUACGGCCAUAAGCCAGCAUCAAGCAGCUGCAAGGGAAUAUCUGGAAGCUUAUAAACUGCAGCCAGAGAAUCCACUGAUUAAUCUUUGUGUUGGGACCGCUUUAGUCAACUUAGCCCUUGGGUUUAGACUUCAGAACAAACAUUGGUGCAUUGUGCAAGCUUUUGCAUUCCUCUACAAUUACCUGCGCAUCUGCAACAAUAGUCAGGAAGCCGUGUACAACGUUGCACGGGCAUAUCAUCAUGUGGGUCUGGUUACUCUUGCUGCUUCAUACUACGAAAAGGUGCUUACAAUACAAGAGGAGGACUACCCCCUUCCUAAACUUCCUAAUGAGGAUCCAAAAGUUCCUGAAGAUCGGAAACCAGGUUACUGCAAUCUUCAUAGAGAGGCUGCGUACAAUUUACAUUUGAUUUACAAGAAGAGCGGCGCUGUAGAUCUUGCAAGGGAAGUGUUGAAAAACUACUGUGCUCCCUAAUUAUCACCAGAAGGUUGGCUUCCGAGUUGUGAAGAUCGUAGUACGUAGAAAGAGUAAAAUCCCCAACAAGUGAUAUCAGAGCAAUGAUGAUGGAUCCGGGAUCGAGUUUGUAAGAUAGACAUUGUACAAAAGUGAAGUCGGCGGCGUUACAAGAAUCAAGAUGAAGAAAAAAAGGUGCUAUAGCGACGGCAAUAUUGUUCACGUGGGUGAGGGUUUGGUUAAAAAUUAUUAAAUCAAAACCGACGGUACAAAUUAAUUUGUCUUCUGAUUGAGGUUUGGAGGCGGAUUUCAACGAUCUAGGCAUUGAUU